GACCCGAACAAGGUCGUCUGGGACGAGAACGGCGACCCGCACAACCCGCAGAACUGGACCACCCUCCGCAAGUGGAUGGUCACCAUCAUUUGCGCCCAGGCGACGCUCGUCGUCACGUUCGCCUCGAGCGCGCCGUCGUCCGCCGUCCGCCAAAUCGCCGCCGACUUCUCGGUCAGCGUCGAGGCGGGCCAGCUCACGACGACCAUGUUCCUCCUCGGCUACUGUGCCGGUCCCCUCAUCUGGGCGCCCGCCUCGGAAAUCCUCGGCCGUCGUCCCGUCUUUGUCGGCACCCUCCUCGUCUUUGCCCUCUUCCAGAUCGGUGACGCCCUCGCCCAAAACUUCGCCACCGUCAUCGUCAUCCGCUUCCUCGCGGCAGUUUUCGCCAGCAGUCCGCUCGUCGCCGCAGGUGGAGUCAUUGCCGACAUAUGGGACCCGGUCACCCGUGGCAAGGCGAUGUCGGUCUUCUCGGCGUCCGUUUUCCUCGGCCCGGUCGUCGGUCCAAUCAUCGCCGGCUUUUCUAUCGACAGCUACUUGUCGUGGAGGUUCAUCUUCUUGUACAUCGGCGUCUGGGGCGCGGCAUCGUGGGUGAUCGUCGCCAUCUUCCUCCCCGAGACGUACCACCCGAUCUUGCUCAAACAGCGGGCCAAGCGCUUGCGCAAGGAGGACCCCGAGCGGCACGGCGAUAAGUACGCCGAGCUUGAAAAGGCCGACUUUGGCUUCAAGUCGCUCGUCCAGCGCACCCUCGCUCGCCCCCUCAUCAUGCUCGUCGUCGAGCCGAUCGUCCUCGCCGUCACCGUCUACCUCUCGAUCGUCUACGGCCUCCUGUACGGCUUGUUCAGCGUCAUCCCCAUCAUCUUCGGUCAGCUGCGGGGCUUCAACAGCGGCGAGACGGGCCUCGUAUUCAUAGGAAUAGGAAUCGGGACGACUUUGGGCGCAGUCACCUCGGUCUACACACAGCGCCAUUAUCGUGAGCUCGUGCCCAAGUGGCACGGGCACCCGCCUCCCGAGGAGCGGCUGUGGGGCGCCAUGCUCGCCGGACCCCUCCUCGUCGUCGGUAUCUUCUGGCUCGGGUGGACCGGCAACUAUGAGUCGAUCCACUGGGCGGUACCCGCCGUCUCGACGAUCUUCGUCGGUUCCAGCUUCACGUUGUUGUUCAUCAGUUUCCUCACCUACCUCGUCGAGGUCUACCUCAUGUACAGCGCAUCGGCCCUCGCGGCCAACACGAUCGUGCGCUCGGCCGUCGCGGCGGCGUUCCCGUUGUUCACCACCCAAUGGUUCUCUGCCCUCGGUGUCGGGUGGGCCUGCUCCGUCAUCGGCUUUGUCGCGCUCGCCAUCGCGCCGGCGCCGUUCGUGUUUUACAAGUACGGCUGGCGCCUCAGGCAGAAGAGCCGGUUCGCGCCUUGCCUCGACGUCGGCAUGCGCGACAGGGUCAAGCGCGAGGAGGAGGAGCGCAAGGCGGGCAAGGGCGAGGGCGGCGGCGAGAAGGCGCGCGAGCGAGUCUGAGCUAGAACGACUGCCCUCUUGCCAAUGAACCCGUAUAGAUUCUCUCGGU